AUGUUAGCUACAACGAACACAACACUUAAAGUGAGCCUAGAAUCUCUGCCCAAAGAAUUACAGGGUUUUACAAAGAGAAUCAUAGAAAGAACAAAUUAUAAAAAAUAUGACAUAGAAGUGAAAUAUUUCGAUACACGUGGAAAUAAUUUUUUAGCCGAACCUUAUGAAAUCGAUAUUACUGGUGAAGUAGCUGAGGGUGAGAAAAAAACAAAUAUUUUUGUUAAAUGGCAGAUUCCACAGCAGAAUUUCAAGCUAUUAUCAAUUGAAAACGUAUAUUCGAAUGAAGUGUUUAUUUAUAAGGAUCUAUCCCACAUAUUUACCACUUUACAAGAUGAAGCAAUUGUUCCACAAAAAGAUCGCUACAAAAUCGCAAAAUCUUACGAAGAAACAAAUAAUACAGCUAUUAUACUGGAGAAUUUAUCAAAAAAGGGUUUCAGGACGUACGAAAAGGCAGAAGUUAUAUCAAUUAAAUAUGCACAUUUGGCAAUAAAAGAAAUGGCAAAGUUUCACGCUCUUACGUUUGUUAUUGAAGACAAACUGCCGGAAUACUAUAAUAAUAAAAUAAAAGUGAUAAAAAGUCCUUUUACUUUCGAGGACGACUGGGCAGGACUUAUGCGAAAUAUUUGUGCGCAUGUAGCGAGUCUGUACGACAAUGACGUGAAAGAGAGAGUUAAGAAUUUCUCUUCAACUCUAAUAGAAAAACUACCAAAGUACUAUAAUAGCCAAAAUAGCGUGAAAUGUACUUUAAAUCAUGGAGACUAUAAAAAAAAUAACUUGUUGGUACGCAUGCAUGAUGGAGAAGUGGUGGAAAUUGUACCAGUUGACUAUCAACUGAUUCAUUACGGAAGUCCGAUCAUGGAUUUCUUAUUUUUCAUAUUCACUUCUACGGACAGAGAAUUCAGGAAAAAACAUUUGACUGAGCUCAAGGAGUUGUACUUCGAGACGUUGUCGAGUUUUCUAAAGUACUUUAGCAUGGACGUGGAGGCUGUGUAUCCGAGGAAGGAAUUCGAGAAGGUAUAUACUGAGUGGCUGGACUUCGGUCUGAUGAUGACGCUGCACACUUCUUUUUUUAUGUUCGCACCAGACACUAAAAUGGAACUUGGAGCAGUAAAUUUAUCUGAUGUACCUUUCUGUCCUGAUAAAAAGUAUGAUUAUUUAUAUCGCGGUCUUAUAGAUGACUUUAUAGAAUGGGGCUACUUGUAA